UAUAGGAGUUAUAGCUGUCACUGCAGUAAGGAGCAGUAAGAUGGACAGUGGGGAGGCGCCUGCCCAGCGGCCAGUUACCUUGGACAUCACAGUGGAAGACGUAACCAACGAUGCCCCGGACCCGGACCCUUCGGAGCCAACCACCAGUCAGACCCCUUCCAGAGACAGUGCUAUUCCUCAGGAAGACAGCAUUGACUUGGGAGGGGAGUUUGCCACCCCCCAGGAGGACAGCAGUGCUACACCUUCUGAGAGCCUAAUGGACAAGCUCAAUGACCAGAUGAUGGAGAGUGUCAUGAUUUCUGACUCGCCUAAUAACAGUGAGGAGGAUGAUGUCGCUCCCAUUGACUCCUUUUUAGAUGGAGGAGAGGAGGAAGGGAGUGCACAAGAGACAGCAGUUGACAAAGAAGAACAAAGUGAAAUUGGACAGAAUACAACUGAGAUUAAAGUGUCAGUGGAGGAGCAGGAGGAUUGUGAUUCUGUGGAGAAAGUAGACAAGGAGCAGACAGACACACUAGAGCCAGUCACAGUCUGUGUUUCUCCUCAAGUUGACACACAGAGCCCACCUGAGCUUAAAAAUGAGGAGCCAGCACCACAAGAAGCUACAGGGACAAGCCCAAAAGAGGAACCUGUGCCAGUGUGCACCAUUUUCAGCCAGGGCACCCAGCCGAAGUCUCUGGUGCCUGAUGGCUUCCAGCCCACCCUUAUCAAGUCCCCCAGCUUUAGCAUGGGGAGUGCUGGAGCAAGCGAGGAGGCAGUGACCCCCAGCAAGUUGACGGCCCCCCUCGUAUGCCAGCCCAGUCCCAGUCUCAGCAAGUUCUUCACUGACAAUGGACAGGUCAAUCCUGCCUCUGAUUUCUUUGAUUCUUUUACCGUUCCCUCAAACUUCAUCUCUGUUUCAAACCCAAAUGCUGAGAUCCCUCCUGGCUCCAGUCCAGCACCCAUAACCCCCACCCCUGAGCGCCAGCUCUCCUCCACCUCCUCCUCCAUCUCCACCCCUGGAGGAGCUCUGGACUCUGGUGCUCCGACCCCUAGUUCAGUGUUUGGCCCUGUCCCUACUGAGCCUGCCGCCAAGGCCCAACCUCCUCCACCCCAAGCAGCACUAGCCCCAACUCAAGCCACUCAGCCGCAGCCCUUCAACCAGCUCCAGGCUGUGUUCUCAGGCAGUGACGACCCGUUUGCGACAGCACUGAGUCUGAGUGAGGUGGACAGGCGCCAUGAUGCCUGGCUGCCAUCUGAGGAGACCAGGAAGGUGUUGAUCUCUGUGGCCACACAGCAGUACAACCCAGCCUAUGUGGAGACCAGCAGACUCACCAUGCCAGGACUCAAGUUUGACAACCUUCAGGGUGAUGCUGUGAAAGACUUGAUGCUUCGUUUCCUGGGAGAACCCGCAGCAAUGAAGCGUCAAGUUCUCACCGCCAACUCUGUGGAACAGUCCUUCACAGGUCUCAAACAGCUCAUCAGCAGUAAGAACUGGCGGGCUGCGGUGGAUCUGACGGGCCGGCUGCUGACAGCUCAUGGUCAGGGAUAUGGAAAGGCUGGACAGCCAACCUCCCACACCACCGACUCACUGCAGCUCUGGUUUGUGCGGCUGGCCCUCCUGACCAAGCUGAAUCUCUUCCAAAAUGCUGAACUGGAGUUUGAGCCCCUUGGCAACUUGGAUCAACCAGACCUCUACUACGAGUACUACCCCACUGUUUACCCUGGGAGGAGAGGCUCCAUGGUGCCGUUCUCCAUGCGGCUGCUGCAUGCCGAGCUUCCCCAGUACCUGGCCAAGCCCCAGGAGGCUCUGGACCGCCUGCACAAUCUCAAAACUGUCUGCCUCACUAUUCUGGAGAACUUGGAGAAAGGCUUGGCUGAGGAUGGCAGCAUGAUCACCCUAACACAAGAGAACAGACAAGUGUCUCUUAAGCUGUGGAGGUCUCGCCUCAGCCGGGUCAUGUACUCCAUGGCCAACUGUCUGCUGCUGAUGAAGGACUAUGUUUUGGCCGUGGAGACCUAUCACUCCAUCAUCCAGUAUGAGCCCCAGCAGAGAGUGCAGCUGCUCAGUGGCAUUGGACGCAUCUUCUUGCAGGUGCAUGGAGACGUUAAAACAGCAGAGAGGUAUUUCCUGGAUGUGGAGAAAGCCUGCCAGAUGACGGGGAGCCAGCCCAAACACACCACAUGUGUGAUGAUGAACAGGGCCUUUGUGUUCAGUCAGAACAACUACAGUGAAGCACACGGGUCCUUCACUGAAGUCUUGAAAAUCGAUCCAAAAAACCCUGUCGCCAACAACAACGCGGCCGUGUGCCUGCUCUAUCUAGGCCGUCUGAAGGAGUCCCUGGGCCAGCUGGAGGGCCUGGUACAGCAGGACCCUGCACUUUACCUCCACGAGAGUGUCCUCUUCAACCUAACCACUAUGUACGAGCUGGAGUCGUCUCGCAGCACCCAGAAGAAGCAGGCUCUGCUGGAGGCCGUGGCCUGCCGGGAGGGGGACAGCUUCAACACACAGUGCCUCAAACUGGUGUAAGAGGCAGGGACGUGGACUGGGAGAGGACACACAGUGCUGCACACUCAGAAUCUAUAGAGGGAUAGAAAGCUCGAGCUCCUAUGAGAGUGAGGUGACACAGAAGUGAAUGUUGAGUGGUCGCCUUGAAGCAAGCCGAUACAAGAUCUUUCAGAACUGCUUUUAUUCUGACAAAAAAAUGUCUCUUCUCAUCAGCCUGCAGGGGGAGAACGGCACUCCUAUCCUUCUGAGGAAUGACCCAGUAAUCAUUCACACAUUUACUUACAGGAACAGAAAUGAUGGUCAGCUCACACACAUAUCUGGGUUGAUACUCUGGAAAGGAAAAGGUUCUACAGAGAAUUUUAUGUUCAUUUGAUCUAACAGAUUAAAGGAAUAGUUAAAACAUUUUGGAAAAUUGCUUAUUUGUUUUUGUUUUUUGAUGAGAAGAUGGAUACCACGAGACCAUAAAUAUUCAGCUGUGCACUACAGACAGGUUGUAAUUGUAAUACAGCUUCAAAAUCUGAUCAACUGGAAGUUACAUCUGCAUGAAGAUUCAUAAAGGAUAUAUACACUCACCGGCCACUUUAUUAUGUGAAGUGUGAACUUAAUAAAGUGGCCGGCGUGGUCUUCUGCUGCUGUAGCCCAUGUUGUGUUGGGUGUUCAGAGAUCCUCUUCUGCAUACCAUGGUUGUAACGAGUGGUUAUUUGAGUUACUGUUGAACCAGUCCGGCCAUUCUCUCCUGACCUCAACACCACCUGGAUAGUUUCUCUUUUUCGGACCAUUCUAUGUAAACUAGAUGGUUGUUAGAUCAGCAGUUUCUAAAAUACUCAGAUUAGCCCGCCUGGCACGUUUAAAGUCACUUUAAUCACCUUUCUUCCUCAUUCUGAUGCUCACUUUGACCUUCAGCAGCUCGUCUUCACCAUGUCUACAUGCCUAAAUGCGUUGAGUUGUUGCCAUGUGAUGGGCUGAUUAGAUAUUUGUGAUAACGAGCAGUUGCACAGAUGUACAUUAUUAAGUGGCCGGUGAGUUUGUUUUACAGGGAGGUUAACUUGUUACUAGAAAUGUGAUACAUUCAUCACAUUUUAAACACAUGGAUAAGGAACUGCUUUGUGUAACAGAUUGUUAAAGGUUUAUGCACUUUUUUUUUUACCCCACCUUAGGGUGUUAUUUAACUAUUAUGCACUUCUUCACUGAUUCUAAUACUCUUCGUUGCUCCGGUGUUCCACUAAGAAACAGUUUAGCACAUAACCUCCUGUAAAAACUACACAUUCCCCCUUAUUCUGGUUUUGUGGUAUUGAUCUUCUCAUCGAACUUAAUUAGAAGAAGAAAAAAAGUAUUUCACAAAAUGUCAAACUACUGCAAAUGUUUAUCAAAGAAACUGUAAUCACUCAAACUGUGUGAUUGGAAGAGAGACCUCAGAAUAUAAGAUGCACAUUGCACUACAGAUAGGUAGUGGUUUUAAGGGAGUUUCAGGCUGAUAAUGUGGGCAUUAACCUGAGCUUCAGUACGCUUAAAGACGAAUCUACAGCAGCAGACACCUGUAAUACUGGAUUAACAGGCAAACACCACUCGAUUUCAGUUGCCAUGUUUAUUAACUCAUGCAGUGAAAAUAUGAUAACCCCUUCAGAUUCCAUUGUGUCCCGUUCACUAAACAAAACUGUAAAAAAAGAUAUAAUCUAAAAUCUGUACAUAUCGAAGUGUUUUUUUCUGUUGUGAUUAUAUCAAACAAUGGUUGUCUUUUUAAAUCUUUUAUUGAUUUGUUCUGCUAGAUCUUUAAUCAUCACUGUUUACAUAUUGUGUUGAUCAUAUUUAUGUAUGUUAAAUUUUCUUUUAUCCUAAAUAAAACUUAUAUUUAAAUCAA